AAUUGAAUGAAAUCCUCUGAUCACUAACAAUAAAAUUCAGUUGGUUGGCUUUUAAACUUGGUUGGAAAAUUUUCUCCAAAAGAUUUAGAGAAAUCAAAUCUAAAGGAAAUUGGAGAAGAAUAUAUGAAAAAGAUCUUACUCUAUCCUCAACUGUAAUCAGGGAAUGUUUUUAGUUACAACUAAUAAAAAUAAGAAUUCUCCGAAAAACUAUUUCAUAUAUAUCCGAAUAUUCUAAUAUGUCAACAGGACAAAAUUCAUACUCAUUUAAUAUUGAGUAAUUGCAGUAUUUAAAAAGAGUUAAUCUAAUACAAAGAAGCAAAAACCUAUGGAUUAAUUAUAUCUAAUAAUUUAGGGAACACAUAUCUAUUCUUUUCUUAAUUCAUUCAGUAUCGAAACUGGUACAAAUUGAUGAAAUAAUAUUGUAAAUUGAAUGACUUUUUUGGGAAAUACAAAUUGACAGAUAGAAUGUUGCCUGGAAUUUAUUAAUGCUACAAAAAAACUGUAAUUAUUUGUUUUUAAUUUAGAAUAAUGCAUAAUUCACAGUUCAAAUAUACAAGAUGGAAGACUUUGAAUAAUGGCCUGAGAUAGAGGAGGUUGUUCAUAAUGAAAUCUAAAUGCUGCGAUCAAUCAAGCAUUCAAAUUUGUUGCAAUUAAGAAGAGUAUACGAAGAUGACUCAUAUUUAUUCAUCCUAUAUGAGCAUUUCAAAGGAGAAUCCCUUUAUAAUUUAAUAUUAACAAAUCCGUUACACGAAGUUCAAAUAGCUUCAGUAAUUAGCUUAUCUAUUAAAUUAGAUCGUUUAUCAAAUCUUGCAACUGCUUAAAUUUUUGGAUAAACAUUAAUUUUAUCAUGGAAAUCUCAACCCUCUAAACAUAAUUAUUAACUCCAAUAAUUAACUCCUUCAGAUCUUUUUGAUUAACUUAUCCUUCAAAGUAUUGAUUGUAUUGGUAUCUAUAGCAAUAUAGAAUAAAUGACAAAUUAGACUGGAUUUUGAAUAGAUAGAUCGAAGGAUUUAUAGCCCCUGAGUUUUAUAAUGGAGUACCCCCAAAUAUUACCUCUGAUUUGUAUAGUUUAGGAGUCUUGCUUUAUUUCAUGACAUUUCCAACACAGUUGCCUAGUGAGAAGCAUUUUGAUAAAUAUGAAAUCGAUACAACUAAAAUUUAGAAAUUAUUGUAGAAGAAAUUGUCUUAGAUUCCUAAUGAUGGAACCUCCCCACUUGAUAAAUCAAUAGAGAAGAAUAUCAGUCUAAGCGAAUUAGAUUUAUUAUCAAAAUUGCUAGAAACCAAUCCUAGUAUUUAUUUCUUAAAUAAUAGAGCAAAGAAUCACAAUAUCUGAUAGUAUGAAACAUCAUUGGUUUGUGAAUAUUAAGAGCAAAAUUAAAUAGCUGAAUGUUAUUAAAAAGAAAAAGGUAGAAUUACCUUCAUUAAGAACAAUUAUAGAAUUAAGAUCCUAAAGUGAACUAGAUCUUAAGGUUUAAUCUUAACUAUCCAAUAACAGACGACACUCAAGAUUAGCUGCAAACUAGGUUGAUGAUUUUGAUGUAGGUAAUCUUUGAAUAUAUUAAAGUUAGUUCCUGAUGAAGGGCAUCCUUUAGAGUAGGUUGCUGAUCUAGAUUUUUGUUAAUUGCUAAGAAGCAGCACUUAAUUAAGAAAAUUAUAAACCUUAAGCAACAAAUCCAUUGGUUGA